GGCGGGCGGUGCGAGUCCGGCCUGGAGCCGCGGAGCGGACCGCGGGCAGUCACCGCCCGGCCUCCCCGCGCGCGCCGUCGCCGCCCCGCUCCCCUCGGCACCCGCACCAGCGCCGGCCAUGACGGGCUCGCAGUUCAAGGGGAACUUCUGGAGUCCCGACAUCCUCAGCACCAUUGGCUACGACAACAUCAUCCAACACCUGAACAACGGCCGCAAGAACUGCAAAGAGUUCGAAGACUUUUUAAAAGAAAGGGCAUCAAUUGAAGAGAAAUAUGGCAAAGAUCUGCUCAGCCUCUCUAGGAAGAAACCAUGCGGACAGUCUGAGAUCAAUACCCUGAAGCAGGCCCUGGAAGUCUUCAAGCAGAAAGUAGAAAGUGUAGCCCAAUGUCACAUUCAGCUUGCACAGACCCUAAGAGAAGAGGCCAGGAAGAUAGAAGAAUUCAGGGAAAGGCAAAAGCUACAACGGAAAAAGACAGAGGUUGUAAUGGAUGCUGUCCAUAAACAAAAGAGCUUACAAUUCAAGAAAACCAUGGAUGCAAAGAAGAACUAUGAGCAGAAAUGCCGAGACAAAGAUGAUGCAGAGCAGGCUGUCCACCGCAGUGCCAACCUGGUCAACCCGAAGCAACAAGAAAAGCUCUUUGUGAAACUGGCAUCUGCGAAGACGGCACUAGAGGACUCUGACAAGACCUAUAUGAUGCAGAUCAACACAUUGGAUAAGGUCCGAGAAGAGUGGCAGAGUGAGCACGUCAAGGCCUGUGAGGUGUUUGAAGCUCAAGAAUAUGAACGAAUAAACUUCUUUCGGAAUGCAUUGUGGUCACACAUGAAUCAGCUAUCGAAACAAUGUGUCACCAGCGAUGACAUGUAUGAAGAAGUCCGCAAGAGUUUAGAAAUGUGCAGCAUUGAGAAGGACAUCGAGUACUUUGUGACUCAACGGAAAACUGGACAGACUCCACCAGCGCCCAUCAUGUAUGAGAAUUUCUACUGCCCCCAGAGGAAUGCAGCCCCACAAGGAAAGGCUACGGCGCCGAACUUGGCAAGGAGAGGGCCUCUCCCGAUUCCUAAAAGCUUACCAGAUGACCCGGAUUAUUCUUUAAUCGAUGGCUACAGUUUGAUCUACCAGUGACAACGAUGGACACAGAGCCUUUUCUGGUGCUUCUGUGGCCGGGAAGGAGGCAGCGCAGCUGAGUCUGUGGACGUUGCACCCGUGAAGACUUUGAAGUGAACCCUUGCUGUAAUUUUUGAUAUUUUAAGUUUAUGGUAAACAUUUAGUUUAACUUAAGCUAGUAGAGUUCUGCAGUUUCCAAAAGAAGUUUACAGAUCGACCCAGACUCAAGAAUGAUCCUUUCUCAAUCAGUUACUGAAGUUGUGAAUACAUUGUUUUCUACUUGAUCCAGAACAGUCUCUGGAUUGGGCACCUUGACUCUUGGGGGAUGGGGAACCGGGAUGGCUGGAGCGGAGGCCGAGCCAUCCCUUGUGCUGGAAGCCCCUCUGGCUCAAGGGCAGCGUGCUCUGGCAUUUCCACAGUGACACACUCUCAGUGGUGCACGAUUUAAAAUGACCUUCCUUUUUGGCUGGAAGACUUAGAGGCCAUCUGAUCGUGCUUUCUCAUUUUGCAGAUGAGGAAAUGAGACUCAGAGGUGGGAAAUCAGUUUCCUUACUGUUGUCCCAGCGGGUUCUGGACAUACCAGAACUAGAGUGUGAGCUCUUCCCACAUCACUGUUCUUCUAACCCUUCCCGAGGCUGUGAUGCUCUUGAUGAAAUUUAAGACGCCAACUGUUUUUGCUGGCAACUUUUAAACUGGGAAAAUGACCAGGGUUUAAAUGUCAGAUUUAUUUUUAUAUGGUUCACUGUGUGUACUGAACUCCACAGCACCCUGUUUAAUUUGAUGAGAAAGCAUUGACAGUAAUAUAUACUAUUAUUUCACACGCCCCUAAGAAAGUCAGGUAGGGGAGAGUUAACAGUUAACUUGUGACAGUUAAUGGCCAGGCCCACUUGAGUUUCAGAUGCUAAAGCAUGCAAAAAAAAAAAGAAAGAAAAGAAAAGAA